AUGCCAACUGAGUCAUCACCCGCUACUAUUUGUCAUUCCCUUCCCCUUCCUAAUCAAAUUUCUUCGCUCAGUACAACAACAGACCCUGAAAGCCCCGCUAAUUAUAUAAUAAAUCAAAAGAAAUCAUUCACAUCAAAAUUUAAAAAACCUCAAAAAAAUCAAUCUCUACCAAACAUACAAACAUCUGUUAAUUCUCCUAACACCAUCACCAAAAAUGAUUAUUCAUCAAUUGCUCCUAGAGCUGCAAAACCUUUAUCACCUACAACGAUGACUUCUAAUAAUACCACCUUUAGUACAAAAGUAAUUCAUGAUCUUUUAGUUUCUUCGGCACUUAAUGUUGAGAAUGCAUCAAAAUCAACACAUGAUUCCUCAUUAUCCUCGUCAUUAUCAUCUACAAGUAAUCCUCCUCCGCUAAAUUUGCAAACUACCACAGUCAAUUUUAGAAAAUUUGUGCAAAAGUGUGGUUUUAUUUUUGAUAUUCAAGAUUCUGUUGAAAAUCUUAUCACAUGGAAAAAUCCUGCGAAUACAUUAUUAGCAAUGGUGGUUUAUAUCAAUGUUUGCUUAUAUCCACAAUUAUUAAUUAUCUUGCCUUUAGUAGGAUUAUUAAUUACUUCAAUAUAUUUUUAUCAAAAAAAAUUUCCACAAGGACCACCACCUCUACAAAACAAAUCUAUUAAAUCAAAAAAAUCAAAAACCAAAAAAUUUAAAAAAUUAAAAUAUCCAAAUUUAAUAUCGCCAGCCGCUGAAAAUUCAGUAGAUUAUUUGAAAAAUAUGCAAAAUAUACAAAAUUUAAUGGGAAUGAUAUCAGACGGAUAUGAUUCUGUUUUGCCACUAAUUAAAUAUAUAGAUUGGAGUGAUGAAGCUUUGACUCUCAGGAUCACCCGUGUUGUUAUAAUAGGACUGAUGGUUUUGAGUCUUGUUGCUUGGGUAAUACCUUGGAGUUAUGUAUUUAUAAUUGGUGGAGUUAAUGAUUCAAAAUUGAAACAAAAAAAUUCUUCUUAUGAUGAUAAUGAAUUUAUUCUUGAGAAAAAUUAA